AUGGCCAACAUGGAGCGCCUCAAGUUUGUUGGCUUCAAGUCCUCAUUCCGAACGCCCGGGUUUGAAAACUACGUCGCUGGGGCAGAGCUAAGGCUUGUCAUCAGGGUCCGCCGCCGACCGCAGUUCCUCCGUGGUUUGCAUAUGUACGGCCGCGGCGACUGGAAAAAUAUCUCUAGGCACUUCGUCACCACUAAGACGCCAGUGCAGGUCUCCAGCCAUACGCAGAAGUACUUCCGCAGGGUAGAGCGCACCACCGAGAAGCAACGCUGCAGUAUUAAUGAUGUUGGCCUCUAUGAUGCUGAACCUUUAGCACGGAGCAACUCUUUCAGCUUGGAGGCGCUCGCCUUUGUUGGUGGUGCAAAUAAGCAAAACGGCUAUGGAUCCGGCAGCCAGCUUGCCACCAUGAACAACCUUGCACAGAUUUGGUCACCCUUCUCGUACAUGACUGACCAGGCGAGCAAUAGCCAGGCGACCACUUGGAUUGUCCAGCAGACGGGGUUUAGUUCUUCUGCAACUCUAGCACCAGAGGGGCCUAAAAUCCAGAUGGCCUGGAUUGGUGAUCAGCCAGGAGAUUUUCUUCCUGAGCAGAAGAUGUAG